GUCACGUAAGAGACGUCUCAUGGGUUGUCUUCUUUUGGCAUCUAUACAGGAGCUACUGUAAAGGGAAAUUGUCAUUGUCAUUUUGCCUCAUUCUGAAACAGAGAGGAUGGAUGUGCCAAAACCAUGGCUGAAACUACUGAAGAAACAUGUUGUGUCAAAUGUGGGUUGUAUCUUCAUUCUUCUGGGCUUGGAGAAGCUUGUGGAGAUGGAGUUUAGGUGUCCCUGCGAUCCUAAAUGGAACAGGCUGUUUACGUCUACAUUCUUUAUCCUUCCUGCCAUUACAGCAUUCAUGAUGAUGCUAAAAAUACUAGGACCUGGGUGUAACAAAGUGUGUAAGGGGGCACUUGUGUAUUUGUCAAGCCUCAUCCCUGCAUUGGUGUGGUUGGUCAUACUGUUCUUCGAUGGCCAGUACUUUGCUUGUGUAAAGUCAAACUGGAAUGGCACAUUUGUCAUUUCUAAGGAAGAUACUCCUCGGAAAUGGUGUGAGCCAGAUGAGGCUGUACCCACUCAAAUGGAUCACCAUCGGGAAUUUCUUGUUCAGUCUCAGGUCAUUGGUCUGGCUCUGCUCUUGGUCAUCUUUGCGGCACUCACAUUUUUCUUGUGUUUAAAAUGCUGCUGCACAGGACUGCAAACAGAGAUAACAGAGCAGCAGAAGGAAGUUGACAAGAAUGAUGGCAAGAAAGAUGUCAAGAAAGUUUUUGUGUCACAUGUGGUUUGUAGCUUCAUCCUUCUGGGCUUGGAGAAGAUUGUAGAGAUGGAGUUUAGGUGUCCCUGCGAUCCUAAAUGGAACAGGCUGUUUACGUCUGCAUUCUUUAUCAUUCCUGCCAUUACAGCAUUCGUGGUGAUGAUAAUAGUACAAGGACCUACUUGUAAACAAGUGUGUAAGAGAGCGUGUAAGUGGGCACUUGUGUAUUUGUCAAGCCUCAUCCCUCCAUUGGUGUGGUUGAUCAUACUGUUCUUCGAUGGCCAGUACUUUGCUUGUGCAAAGUCAAACUGGAAUGGCACAUUUGUCAUUGCAAAUGAAGAUGCUCCUCGGAAAUGGUGUGAGCCAGAUGAGGAUGUACCCACUCAAAUGGAUCACCAUCGGGAAUUCCUUGUUCAGUCUCAGGGCAUUGGUAUGGCUCUGCUCUUGGUCAUCUGUGCGGCAGUCACACUAUCUGUGUUCAAAGACUGCAGCUGUGGAAAAUGCUGUGGGGAUGUAGACGAAGAAAACGAACAAAGAAAAAAUGACGAAGAAAUUGAGUUGAAUCAACCACCAGCAACAGCUUCGGCGUGAUGGAAUCAAUCAUGCACGAACUGAUGGAUGCACAUGCACACACACACACACACACAAGCGCACAUGCAUGCAUACUAAGAGAAAGUUUAUGUUAGAUUUAUACUCUUCUCUCUGCAAUUACCAACUGCCAUUUCCUCAAUGUAUCCUGUACUCAAUGUAUGGUAAUAUGUCAUUGUUCAGGAUGGAGCCAAUUGCUGUUUGAAAGCUUUGGUUUAGGUUUCUCUCUACUCUGAUGAUUAAGAGAACACCAAGCAAGAAUGGGAAUGUUCAAUUAUUACAUAUGUAGGACACGGGCGAGCCCAAACACACACACACACACACACACGCACACACAAUGUGUUUACUGCAUUGCUUCACUUACGUUUCUAUGAUGUGGAGGUCGUGAGGAAAUCACUAUAAUGAUUAAAUCAUCUCCACAAUCUACAUUAUCUCCACGUUCUAAAUUAUCUCCACCCUCUAAAUCAUCUCCACCCUCUAAAUUAUCUCCACCCUCUAAAUCAUCUCCACCCUCUAAAUUAUCUCCACCCUCUAAAUGAUCUCCACCCUCUAAAUCAUCUCCACCCUCUAAAUCAUCUCCACCCUCUAAAUUAUCUCCACCCUCUAAAUCAUCUCCACCCUCUAAAUCAUCUCCACCCUCUAAAUCAUCUCCACCCUCUAAAUUAUCUCCACCCUCUAAAUCAUCUCCACCCUCUAAAUCAUCUCCACCCUCUAAAUCAUCUCCACCCUCUAAAUCAUCUCCACCCUCUAAAUUAUCUCCAACCUCUAAAUUAUCUCCACCUUCUAAAUUAUCUCCACCCUCUAAAUCAUCUCCACCCUCUAAAUCAUCUCCACCCUCUAAAUUAUCUCCACCCUCUAAAUCAUCUCCACCCUCUAAAUCAUCUCCACCCUCUAAAUCAUCUCCACCCUCUAAAUUAUCUCCACCCUGUAAAUCAUCUCCACCCUCUAAAUCAUCUCCACCCUCUAAAUCAUCUCCACCCUCUAAAUUAUCUCCACCCUCUAAAUCAUCUCCACCCUCUAAAUUAUCUCCACCCUGUAAAUCAUCUCCACCCUCUAAAUCAUCUCCACCCUCUAAAUCAUCUCCACCCUCUAAAUCAUCUCCACCCUCUAAAUCAUCUCCACCCUCUAAAUCAUCUCCACCCUCUAAAUCAUCUCCACCCUCUAAAUUAUCUCCACCCUGUAAAUCAUCUCCACCCUCUAAAUCAUCUCCACCCUCUAAAUCAUCUCCACCCUCUAAAUUAUCUCCACCCUCUAAAUCAUCUCCACCCUCUAAAUUAUCUCCACCCUGUAAAUCAUCUCCACCCUCUAAAUCAUCUCCACCCUCUAAAUCAUCUCCACCCUCUAAAUCAUCUCCACCCUCUAAAUCAUCUCCACCCUCUAAAUCAUCUCCACCCUCUAAAUGAUCUCGUGGAACAAAUGUUAAGGUUUUUCCCCGGUCAAAAUAGCACCACAUGCAGGCAGCCACAGGUCUCUAGGUACUCUCUCUACUAAACUAUAUCUUUCUAUUAUUAUACUCCCCCCUUCACUACAGUAUCUCUCCCCUUUAUUAUAGUAUCUCUCCCCUUUACUAUAGUAUCUCUCCCCUUCACUACACUAUCUCUCCCCUUUACUAUAGUAUCUCUCCCCUUUCCUAUAGUAUCUCUCCCCUUUACUAUAGUAUCUCUCCCCUUUACUAUAGUAUCUCUCCCCUUUACUAUAGUAUCUCUCCCCUUUACUACAGCAUCUCACCCCUUUACUACAGCAUCUCACCCCUUUACUAUACUAUCUCAGCCCUUGACUAUAAUAUACUAUCUCCCUUUACUCUAGUAUCUCAGCUCUGUACUAAGGUAUCUCUCCCAUUUACUGUAGUAUCUCAGCCCUUUACUAUAGUAUCUCAGCCCUUUACUAUAGUAUCUCUCCCCUUUACUAUAGUAUCUCUCCCCUUUACUAUAGUAUUUCUCCCCUUUACUGUCGUAUCUCAGCCCUUUACUAUAGUAUCUCAGCCCUUUACUAUAGUAUCUCAGCCCUUUACUAUAGUAUCUCUCCCCUUUGCUAUAGUAUCUCAGCCCUUUACUAUAGUAUCUCUCCCCUUCGCUACAGUAUCUCUCCCCUUUACUAUAGUAUCUCAGCCCUUUACUAUAGUAUCUCAGAUCUUUACUAUAGUAUCUCUCCCCUUUGCUGUAGGGAAUAGGGUGCAAAGGGAGAGAACCCUUUAGAGCUGAGCUGCCAUAGUACCUUGUCAUUGCAGUGGCCUGCCUGUGUCUGUCUGUCUGUUUGGGUGGUCCUGACUGCAGAGUGUCAAGCCCAUCCAUCACACAGCAGAUUAUGCUGCAGAAUCAGCCCAGUGGGGCGUGGCCUGCAGGUAGCAACAGCUGCAGUGCCGCAGUCCCCAUGUGGACGGUGCACAUUCUAGGACAUCCUCAGCCCCCAACGCUUUACCCUUCCUUGAGUCAAUCGUCAUUGUAUACCACUUAGCAGACACGUAUCCUAAGUGACUUACAGUACAGUUGAUUGCAUGUAUUCAGUAUGUUUUUGACAAUUGACUCGAGAAGGGGUGAGACGUGAGGCUGAGUACAUCCUAAAAUGUACACCACACAGGAGGACAGCAUCUCUGUCAGCUCUCAUCCACCUUGACUUGUUCUGCCCACUUCAGUCUGCAGUCGUCCCACUGAACGGUCGGGGGGAUCUAAACCCACUGGUCUUUUCUGUUUCACCGCCUGCUGAUAUCCUGGUUCAAAUAUUGACAGACCUGUCAAUCACUACUCACUCAACAUGAGUGUCCUUUGAGUAUCAGUGACAGACUUGCAGGAUUGUGUAGGCUCUGCCCUAAUUUAUAUGCUCUGUGGCACCUGGAGUUAGAUGACAGUGGAAAAGGACUAGUCAUAAAAGUAGCGAGGCUACAUACAGACAUACAGGCUGAUUGAGGUAGUAUGUAUAUGUAGAUAUGUUUAUGUGACACCAUGUGGAGAUUGGGCCUUGGUGGUCAGGUUACACUGUAAACUUGGUAUCGUUUGAUUGGUCAAAAUUGGUUGGUCUUGAGUUGAAAGGUGACACCUUCCGAUGAUAUAAACGGAAUUAAAUGCUUUGUUCUCUCUCUUCUCCUGUAUCCUGUAUGAUCAAUUCAAACUCCCUAGGCUUCUGGCCUAGUAAGCAUCUCUUUGUUCAUGCGUUGUGUUGUAAGUUAAUCUUAGGAUCUAUAUGCUUGGAAAUAUGCCAUGUAAUGUUUGCAACUUAAGCUUUAUUAAAUAUCUGCCUUUGAUAUAAACCAUUCUCAGACCCAUUUUUGUUAGUCUCGUCAACGCAUUGCCUAAUGCUUGUUUGUAUAUUUUAAUCAUCUUUAUGAAGUCAGACAAACUUUUUAUUGGGCUAAUUGCUACGUGAUAUUACAAGUCACACGUGACUUAACCAUUCUGAACCCGCUACGGCUGUUGCAAAAGGACCAAUCAGCUCGAAGCACCAACCUG